CUGGUGGACUGUGCAGGCGGACUGUAGCUGUCAGAGAGACGCCACAUCCCAGAAACAGACAAGAAGAAGAAGAACAUCAUCGUCACUCAUUUAGCAGCAGCAGAGGAGACUGUAAAAUGUAAGAUUGUUUUUUUCUUCUGAUGAUUGAAUAUUGAUUUUAAGUUGAUUAUCGUGACUUUACUUUGAUUAAAAGCCAUCAGUAGUUUCUGACUGAAAAAAGAGGGAAGUUUCAGAGACAGGAAAUAACUGGACUGGAUUGUGUAACUCUUCUGAGUCACUCUGCUGUGUGAAGGGAGGAGAGUGCUUUGUGGGAAACCACCUGGCAUGUGACCAGGGGGAAGAAGCUUUGCAAGCUGAGCUUUUUGCUGGACAUCGCUGGACUUUCAAUCAUUACUACAGCAUGUGUAAGAAAAACCGGCUGGCCUGCAGCACCACACUCUUCAACCCAAACCGCAGACGGAUUUUUGCAAACCAAAUUUGGAGUUUUCAUCUCCUGCUGAGGGAAGGAGGAUGUUACCAGCUCUUGUUCUGCUUAAGACAAAUUAAGAAAAAUGCCCAGUUCUAUUAUAAUCCAAAUUAUUGAAGCUGUCAAGUGAGGUUAAGGAUUGAGAUCCCAGAAGCAGCCACUAGUAAAGAAUACUGGCCUUGGAUGUGCAGCAGCUGAUGAUGAUGAUUAAAGGAGAGGGUCCCCAUUAACCAGAGCUCCAGUCUGGACCAGCAGGACUAAGAGGUCUUUCCCAUACAGGAGGAACAGGAGGAACUGUGAACCAAUCGGGAGGGAGAGCAGCUUGAAGGGCACGAGGAGGCUGAUAUCACCAGAUUUACAUUCACUGGUGUUCCUGUGAAGAAUUCACAAUGAUGAAGAGAAAACUUCGAUCCUCACUCCGUCAUCAGAGCCAAACUGAGGACAGCAGAGAGGAAACAAACAGCUCAGCUAAACAGAUGAGAACGGACACUGAUGGAGAGGACUAUUCUUCAGAUUCUUCUGAAACUGAAGACAGUGAUGAUGAACUUUGGAACAAACAUUCGUCAGAUUCUGGAUCUGAAACUGAAGACAGUGAUGAUGAACUUUGGAACAAGCAUUCAUCAGAUUCUGGAUCUGAAACUGAAGACAGUGACAGUAAUUGGGAGGAGACCAGAGCACCUAGGUCAGGUGGAAAAAGUGGUGUGGGACGUAACUUGAAUAAAGAAUCCUUUGGAGUAAAGCAAAACGGUAACUCACAGACAAAAGGAGAGGAAUCACUUGCCUGUAAUGAAUGUGGUAAAACCUUUAUAAAUGAGUAUCGUUUAAAGGUGCACCUGUCAGCUCACAGAGGAGAAAAACAAUUUUGCUGCAAUAUUUGUGGUGCAAGAUUUAGUCAGAAGACCACUCUGAGGAGACACAUGAUAGACCACACAGGAGAAAGACCAUUUGGCUGUGAUGUUUGUGGUCACAGAUUUUGCCAAAAAGGAGAGCUGAAGGGACACAUGACAAUUCACACAGGAGCGAAACCAUUCGGUUGCGAUACGUGCGGUAGAAAAUUCAGACGUAACCAAGAUCUUACUGCACACAUGAGAGGCCACACGGGAGAAAGACCAUUUGGAUGUGGCGAUUGUGGCGCAAGAUUUACACGACAAGGAUCUCUAAACAGACACAUGACAAUCCACUCGGGAGCAAAGCCAUUUCGUUGUGCUGAUUGCAGUACAAGAUUUAGUCGAAAGUCGCAUCUUAUGAACCACAGGAAGACUCACUCAAAAAAGAAAAGAGUCGUUGAAGGAGAGAGACCAUUUAGUUGUGAUGAUUGCGGUCAAAGGUUUAAGGAGAAGUCUCAUUGUGACAGACACAUGAGAAUGCACACAGGAGAGAAACCAUUUCAAUGUGAUGAUUGUGGUAAAAAAUUUACACGACCGCAAAAUCUAAAUAGGCACAUGCAGACAAUGCACAAAAAACAAACUGCAUAGUUGCAUGACUUGUUGUGAACAAUUGGAGGUAUAUUGUGAAGAACCACAGCUCUGACAGCCCACUGCAGUAACUCUACUGGGGACUUUACAUCAUCCUUGCUGUCUGAUUUACCUGCAUGCCACAGGAACUCUGCUACUUUCUCUCUCUAAAAUGGGUGAUAUCAGUGUACUUAUAGUAUUCCUGCUUGUGCCUAUAUACACUUUUAUGAUGUAUUUCGAGGCUGUGGAUGAUGAGUACUUGCUGUGACUGAAGCAAAUGUGAAUCCCAAUAAAUAAGCAAUAAAGAAUUUUUGAAAAGUGUUUUUUAAGUCUCUAAACUGUUCAUAUGGCGUCUACCAACUGUCUGUUGUAGAGAAUAUAAGUGCAACCUGAAAAAUAAAUCAAGCCUGUUCAAGCAA